AUGAAGAUGGGUCUUAGAGAGAAAGUGGCAACAGCACCUAGUGCUCCACCUGCUACAACACCCCAGCCUGUCAGCAUUGAAGAAGAAUGUGCUGAGGUUGAAAGUUUGCGCCAAAAAUUCAACAACAAUUUAUUCUCCAUUAAACAAAGUUCUGACCUCUUAAUGAGACUCCAGAAUGAAGAUAAUGGAAGCAAGUCAACAUUAAAGAGGUUGGAGACAUUAGAUUUCAGUUUCAAUAACUUCAAGGAGAAUAUAAUGGAGUUCUUGUAUAGUCUAAUAUCCCUAAGGAAAUUAAUUCUUGCACAUAACAAAAUUGGUGGACUCUUUCCUAGCAAAGAACUAUCAGUUUUAUGCAACUUGAAGUCAUUGGACUUGAGUUUCAAUGAUCUUAGCGGCAGCCUGACAACUCAAGGACCUUUUUCUCUGGGAAAUUUGACAUCGCUUCAAACUCUUGAUCUCUCACAUAACUCUUUGAGCGGGAACAUUCCAGAACCUUUGCUUGCUAGACUUUCAUCAUUGGAGCAUCUGUCUCUUUGUUUCAACAAUUUUGAGGGUUUAUUUUCAUUGAACAUUUUGGCUAAUCAAUCAAAGCUUAAGGUUUUGCAAAUAGGACAUAUGAGUUCUAAAACAUUUCAGGUUCAAACUGAAAACAUCCCUUGGAAUGCAUCAUUUCAAUUGGAAGACUUAGAGAUUUUCUCUUGUAAAUUAAACCUACCUACAAGAACCUUUCCUUCUUUCCUUUCGUCUCAAAAUGCCUUGAGACGAGUUGAUCUAUCAGAAGCCAAUUUGGCUGGUACGUUUCCCAAUUCGUUCUUCAUGAACAAACCCAGAUUGAAAUAUAUGUUUUUAUCAAAGAACUCAUUUGUUGGAUCUUUUGAGCUACCUGUUAAUCAAAGUCAACAGAUGAACCAAUUAUACACAUUGGACAUAUCAAACAACUUGAUUGAAGGUGAGCUUCCCACCAACAUGGGGUUCUUCUUCCCAUUUUUAGACUACUUGGAUGUUUCAAGCAACAGAUUUGAUGGCUCUAUUCCUUCAUCAAUUGGAGAGAUGUCAACCUUGACUGUCUUGGAUUUGUCAUACAAUAAUUUUUCUGGGAAUGUUCCCAAACACUUUUUUAAAGGAUGCAUCUCUCUACAAUCAUUGCUAGUGGACAAUAACAAUUUCAACGGAGCAUUCCCAAGCUUUGUUAGAAGUCCGAACCUAACAAGAAUAACAGCAUCAAGGAAUAAUUUUGAAGGCCAAAUAACAGAAGAGAUGUGUGAACUGAUUAGGCUUCUGGCUUUAGACUUGUCUUACAAUAACUUCUCAGGUGCACUGCCUUCUUGCUUGAACAUGCCAUCUGCAGGACUCAUUAGCUUGCAAGGAAAUAGUCUUACGGGCACAAUACCCGAAGCUGUGGGUGGCCUUCAAAGUUUGAUGUUUCUUUUGUUGGGAGGUAAUCAGUUGCAAGGCCAGAUUCCCAAUCAAAUAUGUCAGUUAAAAUAUUUGCAGAUAUUAGACCUUUCCCAAAAUAAUUUCACUGGCUCAGUACCUUCUUGCUUCAAUAGUACUACGUUUGCUUCAGGGAAACAAUCACUGUUGUUUGGAUUUUUUUUCAAUCCGUUGCUACAACUCAUAAUAAAAGGUUUAUCCCUUUCGUACAAUACAGAAUUGCUUGAAAUCAUUACAGUUUUGGACUUGUCAUCUAAUCAAUUGACAGGAGAAAUUCCGGACCAAAUAGGAGACCUGAGUGGCCUUCAUGCACUCAAUUUAUCCCACAACCAUUUGGAAGGUCCAAUUCCAACAAGCUUCCACAAUCUACAAAGCAUUGAGAGUAUGGAUCUUUCAAAUAACAGUUUGAGUGGUGAAAUUCCUCUACAGUUAGAGGACUUGCACUAUUUAUCUGUCUUCAAUGUGUGCUACAACAAUCUAUCAGGUAAAGCACCUAACCAAGGACAAUUUGGUACUUUUGAUGAGAGUAGUUAUAGAGGAAAUCAAUAUCUCAAGUGGGGUAAUAGUAAUAGAGGCAAUGCAACACUUCUUCCACCUCCUCCAAAUCUGCCUAGUGGAGGAGACAAUGACGAUUCUGUAAUUGAUUUCACUUCUUUCUGUUGGAGUUCUGUUGCAUCCUUUGUCACAGUGCUCUUAACAUUUGUGACGAUUCUUUGGAUCAAUCCUUAUUGGCGCAGAGUAUGGUUUUAUUUUAUGGAAGAGCUCCUCUUUAAAUGCUUUGGUUGGUUCCUUGAAGAUGCAUUCUACUAG